AUUCGAAGCAUAAUUUCCUCUCUCUUCUGCUUUUGUUCUUUUUGACUCACCAUGGUCCUCCUUGUCGUCACGGCGCACAUUCUCUCCGCGCUGGAAGCUGUCCCUCCAACAAGCCGACGGGAUCUCGAACUGCCCAGUUCUCCUAGCCUGGAGUCCCCAAUUUCUCACGAUCAACUGAUUCGACUGGCACGGUAUUUCAGCACUGCCAGGAAGACUAUCCCCGACGCAUCCCUUGACCGAGACAACAGCCUGAGCUCGCUCCUCUACGGGACAAAGGUCUAUGUACCGCCUCCGCCGAAGAAACCAGAACCUACCCCCGAAUAUCUCGCUCUCAAAGCUCGUCUCCUCGCCGCCGCCGACACAGACGCUUACAACUGCCUCAUCUCCUCUUCCUCCUCGCCUUCCUACUCUCUAUCCUCAACAACUCGGCACGGCCCAUCCCCCGUCUUUGCCUCCUCAACACCUACCCUUUCCGCUAUUCACGAUGGCGGCGCCCCGCACGACACAGACAACGACCCGCUCACCCCUUCGCUCGUCCUCAACAUCUUCCUCUCUGUGCUCAUCACGGGGUUCAGCGUCUACUGGGCUCUGACGAAAUUUCCGACACCCGAUCUCCGGAUCUUUGCACCCCGCACAAACACAGGCAGCAGCAGGCCGGGGAUGUCCGAGCCGCUCCGCGUCCUACUCUCGUUUCUUGCUGCCUUGGCGGUUGCCGUGGCGGAGGUGUUCAUCUACGGCGCGUAUCUCCGGAAAGUGAACACGGCGAGGACACGAGAGAAACGGCUCCGCGAACGAAAGGAAGUGAUCGGUUGUGACGAGGUGGGUGGUGGCCGAAACGCUCUGGUCCAGGAUACCCGGAAGGAGGAGAUAUGGGGGAGAGGCGUGAAUGGGGGGAUGCGAAGGAGGGUCAGGGAAAGAUGGGAGGAGAGGGAACGGAUCAGUUCAUGAGCAUGAUAAAAUAUAGCAGAUAUAAUCAAGAAUAGAUAACUUGGACAUGAAGAGCAUACUUCGUAUGACAACUAUCAAAUGAACCGGUUUCCGAAGGAAUCUGUAAGCUGUCUUGCAAGUGUAAUUGUAUAAGAUUUUAAUCAUCAUUUAUAUUUCUGCGUUUCUCCAAGAGGAGCUUACCGGAAGGAACCUCGCUGGUGAACCCGUCUUCUCUGCUGAACAUGCGUUC